UGAUUGAGAACUAGUGGGUUUCGAAACAAAAAGCGGUUCCUAGAUUCGUUGCUUGCGUCCUAAGCACAGGUAUCGAAGACAAAGACCCGAGCUCCACAGAUUGAGUAAAGUCAUUGACUUGACUUGGACUUGGCCGAGUCUUCAUUCUCAGUGCGGAACGCCAAAGCACGCUCAAAAAGAGAGACUAAGACAAAGACAAAGACGAAGACGAAGACGCAGAGUUUGAUUGAGCCCCCACCGGCGGAGCUCGAUCAUCUUCUUCACUGUUUCAGGAACUGAGUCCCGUCCUGCUGCUUUUUUCUACCUCUUCGCUGUUUUGGGUAACCGUCUAUGGGUCUCACUUCUGUGGUCGGUGAUGAUGAGGAAUCGAGUUCCAGAGUUCAGAAUCCGGAGAAAGACCCUAGGAAAAUUGCUAGGAAGUACCAGCUUGAUCUUUGCAAGAAAGCUAUGGAGGAGAACAUAAUCGUGUAUUUGGGGACCGGUUGUGGGAAGACCCACAUAGCUGUACUGCUUAUAUACGAGCUAGGCCACUUGAUCCGUAGACCCCAGAAGAGUGUAUGUGUUUUUCUUGCGCCCACCGUGGAUCUGGCUCAGCAGCAAGCCAGGGUUAUAGAAGAUUCCAUUGAUUUCAAGGUAGGAGUCUACAGUGGGAGCUUUAAGGGAUUGAAGAGCCAUGAGGAUUGGGAAAAGCAGAUGAAACAAUAUGAGGUUCUUGUAAUGACCCCACAAAUACUAUUGCGGAACUUAUCUCAUUGUUUCAUCAAGAUGGAAUUUAUUGCAUUACUAAUAUUUGAUGAGUGUCAUCAUGCUCAAGUAAACAGCAAUCACCCAUAUGCUGAAAUCAUGAGAGAGUUCUACAAAAGUAAUGCCACAAAUCUACCUCGUAUAUUUGGCAUGACAGCAUCUCCAGUUGUAGGUAAAGGUGCUUGUAGUGAAGGGAAUUUACCAAAAAGCAUCAAUAGUCUUGAGAAAUUACUUGAUGCUAAGGUAUAUUCAGUAGAAGAUAAGGAAGAAUUGGAUAGUGUUGUGGCAUCUCCUUUGGUAAGAGUAUAUCAUUAUGGUUCAGUUGAAAAUGGUGCUUCCAGUCCUUAUCUGCCUUAUUGCAGUAAUCUUGAUGAGAUUAGACGCCAGUGCAUAUCAACACUUAGUAGGAAGACGGAUGACUACCAAAGUCUGCGCAGCACGAAGAAAAUGCUGAACAGAUUGCAUGAUAAUUUACUUUUUUGCUUGGAAAGUCUUGGCCUUUGGGGAGCGCUACAAGCUAGUCGCAUUCUUUUGAGUGGUGAUUACUAUGAACGGAAUGAACUUGUAGAGGGAGAGGGGAGCUACAGUGAUGAUUCUUUAUGUGAUAGAUAUCUAGCACAAGCUGCUGACAUGUUUUCUUCUGCCUGUAAGGGAGAUGGCAUUGAGUUUGAUCUAUCUCAUUUAGAGAUUUUCAAAGAGCCAUUUUUCUCAAGAAAGCUCGUGCGCCUUAUUGGAAUUCUUUCAACCUUCAGGUUACAACCAAAUAUGAAAUGUAUAAUUUUUGUUAACAGGAUUGUUACUGCGAGAUCCCUCUCAUACAUACUACAAAACCUUAAGAUUCUAGAAUCUUGGAAGUGCAGUUUUCUUGUAGGUGUCCACUCUGGAUUGAAGAAUAUGUCGAGGAAGACCAUGAACAUCAUUCUUGAGAAGUUCCGUUCUGGAGAGUUGAAUCUAUUGAUUGCUACUAAGGUAGGUGAAGAAGGACUUGAUAUUCAGACAUGCUGCCUGGUGAUUCGGUAUGAUCUUCCAGAAACUGUUGCUAGCUUUAUACAAUCAAGAGGUCGUGCGCGAAUGCGUGAGUCUGAAUAUGUACUUCUGGUGGACAGUGGCAAUGAGAAAGAGGUAAAUUUGAUAGAAAAUUUUAAAAAAGAUGAAGACAGAAUCAACUUGGAAAUUACUUCCAGAACAUCCAGUGAGACGUUUAUUGGUUUGGAGGAAAGCACAUAUAAAGUUGAUUCAUCUGGUGCUUCGAUCAGUUCUGGAUACAGUAUAUCAUUACUCCACCAGUAUUGUUCAAAACUGCCUCAUGAUGAGUUUUUUGACCCCAGGCCAAAAUUCUUUUAUCUUGAUGAUAUAGAGGGAACUGUUUGUCAUGCAAUUUUACCUUCCAAUUCACCAUUGCAUCAAAUUAUCAGUUCACCACGAUCUUCGAUGGAUGCUGCUAAGAAAGAUGCUUGUCUCAAAGCAAUUGAAGAGUUGCAUAAACUGGGUGCCUUAAAUGACUAUCUCUUGCCAGGGAAAGAGAAUGCAACUCUAGAGGAACCUGUACUUAACCCAUCUGUUUCUGACAGCCGCAAAGAUGAGGGUUCACGAGGAGAACUGCAUGAGAUGCUAGUUCCUGCUACACUAAAAUAUCCAAGGAAUAGGGGGGAUAUUCCUGUUUAUCUCAAUUCUUACUAUAUAAAAUUUAGUCCUGAACCUAAUGAUAGGACCUAUAAAAGUUUUGGACUAUUUGUCAAGGAACCUCUUCCUGCAGAAGCUGAGAAAAUGGAACUUGAUCUUCAUCUGGCUCGUGGUAGAUCUGUAAUGACAAAGUUUGUUCCAUCAGGGGUUGCAGAAUUUGAUAAAGAUGAGAUUAUGCUCGCACAGAAUUUUCAAGAAAUGUUCCUGAAAGUCAUCCUUGACCGGAAUGAAUUUGUUUCUGAAUUUGUUGAAUUGGGAAAUAAUGAUUCUCGUAAAGCAAGCUCAUUGACCUUCUACCUGUUGCUUCCUGUAACUUUUGAUGACAAUGAAAAUACAAUGAGUAUAGAUUGGAAUGUUAUCAGAAGAUGUCUCUCAUCUCCAGUUUUCAGGACUCCAGUAGAUGCUUUGGAUGAAAAUAUUCUUCCUUCAGAUAUUCAGUUAGAACUUGCCAAUGGUUGCAAAAGUAGAAGGGAUAUCGAGAAUAGUUUAGUUUAUGCUCCUCAUAAGAACCUCUUUUUCUUCAUUACUAAUGUUGUUUUUGACAAGAAUGGGUAUAGUCCAUACAAAGAUUCGGGCACUUUAAGCUAUGCAGAGCACUUAAAUAAAAAGUUUGGCAUUCAGCUAGGAAACCCCAGACAACCGCUUCUACAUGCUAAACCACUUUUCUGUUUGCACAACUUGCUCCACAAUCGAAGGCAAGGGCAUUCAGGACCAAGUAAACUAGAUGAGUACUUUAUAUGUUUGCCUCCUGAGAUUUGUCACUUGAAGAUACUAGGCUUUUCAAAAGAUAUUGGGAGUUCAAUAUCUCUGUUACCAUCAAUUAUGCAUCGUGUGGAAAACUUGCUCGUGGCCAUUGAACUUAAGAACGUAUUUUCUGCAUCGUUCCCAGAGGGAUCUGAAGUUACUGCUGAAAGAGUUCUAGAGGCACUCACCACUGAGAAAUGCCAGGAGCGUUUUUCUCUUGAAAGGCUUGAAGUACUCGGUGAUGCUUUCCUCAAAUUUGCUGUUGCAAGACACCUUUUUCUUUUGCAUGAUACUCUUGAUGAAGGUGAACUAACAAGGAGGCGUUCUGAUAUAGUAAACAAUACCAAUUUAUUCAAGCUAGCAAUAAGGAGCAACUUACAGGUAUACAUACGUGAUCAGUCAUUCGAGCCCAGUCAAUUCUUUGCUUUGGGUCGCACAUGCCCAUUAAUUUGCAAUAAAGAAACAGAAGGAACCAUUCAUUCACAAUGUUUGAAUGAUGACGCAAAUCAUGAAGAUGCUUGUGAAGUCAGGUGUAGCAAAGGUCACCAUUGGUUACAUAAGAAAACAAUUGCUGAUGUUGUUGAAGCUCUUGUUGGAGCAUUCAUUGUUGACAGUGGCUUUAAAGCUGCUAUUGCAUUUCUUUGUUGGAUUGGCAUACAAGUGGAAUUUGAAGCUUCACAGCUUACUAAUGUUUGCAUGGCAAGCACUAAAUACAUCCCUCUUGCUGCUUGUAUUGACGUUGCUGCCCUUGAAAAGUCACUCGAUUAUCAGUUUCUUUAUAAGGGUCUGCUUCUACAGGCAUUUGUACAUCCUUCUUACAACAAGCAUGGAGGAGGCUGCUAUCAGAGGUUGGAGUUUCUGGGAGAUGCUGUCUUGGAUUACUUAAUCACCUCCUACCUGUAUUCGGUUUAUCCAAAUUUGAAGCCUGGUCAGUUGACAGAUUUGAGAUCACUUUCUGUGAAUAAUAAAGCCUUUGCAAAUGUUGCAGUGAAUCGUUCCUUUCAAAAAUAUAUUAUUUGUGAUUCAAAUAGCUUAUCUGAGGCCAUAAAAGUUUAUGUUGACUUCAUUGAAACACCUGCAUCAGAAAGGGAUUUGCUUGAUGAGCCAAAAUGUCCUAAGGCUUUGGGUGACUUGGUAGAGUCAUGUAUGGGUGCCAUUCUGCUUGAUACGGGGUUCAAUUUGAAAUGUGUUUGGAAGAUAAUGCUAUCCUUUUUGGAUCCAAUUAUGAGCUUUUCGAGCUUGCAGCUUUGUCCAAUUAGGGAACUACAAGAACUUUGUCAAUCUUAUUCUUGGGAUCUUCAAUUUUUCCCAUCAAAGAAGGGUAGAAACUAUUCAGUAGAAGUAAAAGUGAACAGCAGUAAUUUUAGUGCGAGUGCUUCUGCAACCAAUUUGAAUAAAAAGGAUGCUACUAGAAAUGCUGCCCAACAAAUUUUUCCAAAGUUGAAGGCUGAAGGCUGUACAUUCAGGAUUAAAUCUUUGGAGAAAGUCUUAGAGUCAAGCUGCAAGUUGGAGGCCAAGCUGAUUGGAUAUGAUGAAAUGCCAAUAGAUUUAGUUCCUUCCAAUGCCACUGGAUCUGAAAUUCCAAAUGUAAAAGAAUCUUUUGGCUGCAGUUUUGAUCCCAAAGUCCAUCCUGCCAGUCAUGUAGUCAGUUCCUUAUCCUCAAAAUCUAUAAGAAGACUCUGCCCUUCCACAUUAGGCUCAGAAAGAACGCAUCGUGACGAGACCAUUCAAAAUCAUGCCUCUGACACUGACUCGGUGACUUCAGGUGGGUCGCGCAAAGAUGCAGCAACAGCAAAAUCACGUUUAUAUGAGGUUUGCACUGCGAACUGUUGGAAACCCCCUUCUUUUGAAUGCUGCAAAGAGGAGGGACCAAGCCAUUUGAAGUUGUUCACUUUCAAGGUUGUAGUGGAGAUUGAAGAACAUCCUGACAUGGUUUUGGAGUGCUUUGGUUCGCCACAUGUGAAGAAGAAGGCAGCAGCAGAGCAUGCUGCAGAAGGGGCACUUUGGUUCUUGACAAAAGAAGGAUAUACCUGCAUGUCCGGCUAAAAGAGGCAGGCCACUAGGCCUUUCUCUAGGGACCACUGAGAAUGUAAUUAUAAAUGUUGUGUCCUUUUUCUUUUCUUUUUUUUUAUAUAUGUAUAUUGUCAAAUAAAUUGUUAAUGUAUAUGGAUUCUUUUCAUUAACAGAAUCGAAACAUUGUGGUACAUGCUGUGAGCUAAGCAUGAGCUAAAGAUGCAUAACCAGUUUGGUUGGACUUGGAUAUGAUGCUUUUUGGCUCAUGACCAUCCUUGAAAAUUUUAGUUGAAUAAAGUUGAGUAAUUUUCUAGUGUAA